AUGAGCAAAAAUUGGUUCCUGAGAACGCGCUGUACUGCUCCAUUUGAUGCAAAGGCUUCUUCUCAACUGAGUGACGAGGCUUGCGAAGAAUUUUUCGCUAUACGUGAUAAUACAACUGAAAGCUUGGAGCAACUUGCCGAGAAACUGCAACAAUGGGCGAAACAACAAGGCUCGGAAGUUGAAGUGCAGGUAGAGAAUCGCUUGCGCAAACACAAAGAGGCGCUCAUGAAAGCUUUGGAGUCGGUAUCCGCACUGCAGGCAAGAGAUGACGUGAAGGAGGCACUACGUGAGAUACUAAAGGCAGCCAACAACUACACGUUGAGUGCGCAGGAGCAGUGGGAGCACAAAGAUUUCGUUAUCCAAGGGCUGCCGAAACGUGCACGAAGACGCGUGUACGACGAGAUUCUCAAAAUGUGCUCGUUCCUUUGCAUUUAUCUCAUUUAA